CGGUUAAAUAUACAUUAACCUGAACAGAAUUUAAUCUGCCCCCGUCCUCAUGGCUGGUGAUUCUCAAAGAUAUUCUCCGCGGAGUCCCGAGGAUGGUUCGCAAUGGUACUUUUCUAGAAAGGAGAUUGAAGAAAACUCACCGUCGAAACUAGAUGGCGUUGAUUUGAAGAAAGAAGCAUACCUACGAAAAUCAUAUUGUUCUUUUCUACAAGACUUAGGCAUGAGACUUAAAGUACCUCAGGUAACUAUUGCGUCUGCCAUUAUUUUUUUCCACCGAUUCUUUCUUCGGCAGUCCCAUGCAAAGAAUGACCGAAGGAUCAUUGCUACAGUUUGCAUGUUUCUUGCUGGGAAGGUUGAAGAAACUCCCCGCCCUCUAAAAGAUGUUAUUAUUGUUUCAUAUGAAAUUAUACACAAGAAGGAUCCUGGAGCUGUUCAGAGGAUCAAACAAAAGGUAUAG